AUGACAACUAGCACUGAACCACAGGAUUCACUUCAUACAAUGCAAGAUGAUAACGAUCUACAUCCUUUGGCUACGUCUACUAGAGUCACUUCUAGCGUAAGUGACAGCCCUGCUGAAUCAUCUGCGUCUUCCACGAUCUCAUCCCCCCCUUUGACAGCUGUUGACAAAGUUACAACAAUUUUCGUCGUUGGAUUUCCCGAUGAUAUGCAAGAAAGAGAGUUCCAAAACAUGUUUUUGUUCUCGAAAGGUUUCGAAGGUGCUUCUUUGAAGUGGCACUGUAAGGAACAACAAGAUGAUCAAGAUUUAGUCUCUUUUAAUAACAUGAAUAAAAAGCAAAUGAUCGGCUUUGCUAAAUUCCAUACGCGUAAAGAAGCUAUGGACGCCGCCAAUCAAAUGAAUGGUAAAAAGGUUGACAUGGAGAAAGGUUCUAUUCUAAAGGCAGAAAUGGCGAAAAAGAAUUUGCAUAUCAAGCGUAACUCCAGUAUCCCUACCACUAGUAUUUCAACACCAUAUGAAUCUAACUUACAACCAUCAGCAUCUUUAUUUUUGACGCCAGACUUACCGACAUCCCAGUUGGCUGCACAAGCAGCUUCUCCCAGAAGACUGAGUCAACCACAGCCCCAGCAGAAGGAUUUACUUUCACCUUUCUCAGCUAUCAAUGACAACUCAUGCUCUGGACUGGAAGGAUUCUCACCUCUUCCCAGUGAUUUGUUAUCACCUGCAGACUAUAAGAAUGACCCACUUUUGAAUGAUCCCCUUUUACCAACAUCUGAUGCACCUUCCUUCGGUGAGCCUUUGUUUGGUAUUCGUUCACAGUCUUUUGAUGGCCAAAAUUUGAGCAGUAAGAUUACAACAUCCUCGACAGCUAUCAAUAGCAAGAAUGACAUUUUACAUCCUUUCAACUUCUUUUCCAAAUCUUUCAAUAUUACUGAUGACAAUGACCCCUUCAGUUAUCUUUCAAAGUCAACCCCAUCGACAAACAAUGACUUCUUCUCUACCCUCUCCUGUUUUCAACCACAAAGUAACACUGGACUAUUUGGUGCAGAUGAUUUCUUAUCUAUCAGCAAUCGCAGAUGCUCAUUACAGCCUCCGUCCGCAGUAGCAGAUUUGACAUUCAAGAGAUCAGCUAGUGUAUCGUCGUCUUCUGGCCGUCCAAGCACAAACCCAGCUGACCAGAAUCCACCAUGUAAUACACUUUAUGUCGGUAACUUACCACCUACUACAAGUGAAGAUGAACUGCGAUCUUUGUUUUCACAUUGCGAAGGCUAUAAGCGUAUGUGUUUCCGUCAGAAACCUCAAGGACCCAUGUGCUUUGUUGAAUUUGAAGACGUAUUAUAUGCUGCAAUGGCUAUGACUGAAAACCAAGGCCAUCUUUUGUCCAGUUCUAUUAAAGGUGGUAUUCGCCUUUCAUUUUCCAAGAACCCUCUUUUCAUCAAACCUAACAAAGAUAACAAAGACAACAAUAACAACUUGACUAGUCAUGCUUUCAACUUUAAACAACUUGGCACUGCUUUAUUAGCUGAUGCUUAA